ACCAUGGAGCUGCAGCGGCCGUGCGGGUUGGGGUUCGGCGAGCGGGACGCGGGGCCGCGGCCGCCGGGCGUGCGGAGCCCUCCUGAGGCGGCGGCGGCGACGGCGGCGGCGCGAUGUCCCAGUCCCUGCACGGCCUGCCCUUUCUCCCGGGCACGUCCUUUAAGGACCCCACGAAAACAGCCUUUCACAGAAGCCAGACAUUGGACUACAGGAAUGGCUAUGCAGUUAUUCGACGUCCAACAGUUGGGAUAGGUGGGGAUCCUCUCCCGCUCAACCAGCUGUCCCAGGAUGAACUGGAGGAAUUGGCCUCCAAGACUCCACUUCUAACUUACGGUGAAGCUAGACGGGCCCCACCUGCACAAUUUGUUCCUGCACAUGUGGCUUUUGACAAAAAGGUGCUGAAAUUUAGUGCUUAUUUCCAAGAAGAUGUUCCUAUGUCCCCUGAAGAACAUUACAGAAUCCGUCAAGUGAACAUUUACUACUAUUUGGAAGAUGACAGCAUGUCUGUCAUGGAGCCUUUUGUGGAAAACUCUGGAAUUCCUCAGGGCAAGUUAAUCAAACGCCAGCGGCUACCCAAGAAUGACCAGGGAGAUCAUUACCACUGGAAAGAUCUAAAUAGAGGAAUAAACAUUACAAUUUAUGGCAAAACUUUCCGCAUUGUUGAUUGUGACCAGUUCACAAAGGUAUUUUUGGAAAGUCAAGGAAUUGAAUUAAAUUCACCAGAGACUAUGGUUCUCGAUCCUUACACUGAACUCCGCAAACAGCCAAUUCGUAAGUAUGUCACACCAACAGACUUCGAUCCACUCAAGCAGUUUCUCACCUUUGAUAAACAAGUUCUUCGAUUCUAUGCCAUCUGGGAUGACACAGACAGCAUGUUUGGUGAAUGUCGGAACUACAUCAUCCAUUACUAUCUCAUGGAUGAUACAGUGGAUAUUCGAGAGGUCCAUGAGCGGAAUGAUGGACGAGAUCCCUUCCCCCUCCUGAUGAACCGCCAGCGUAUCCCCAAGACUUUAGUGGAUAAUGGAAACAACUUUCCUCAGUGUGUGCUGGAAAUUUCUGAUCAAGAAGUAUUGGAAUGGUAUACUGCCAAAGACUUCAUCGUUGGGAAACCAGUCACUAUCCUUGGGAGAACUUUUUUUCUUUAUGACUGUGAUGCAUUUACACGACAGUAUUACAAAGAACAACUUGGAAUGCCUGAUUUGCCACGUAUUGAUGUAAGCAAGAAGGAACCACCUCCUAUCAAACAGGAAUUACCUCCUUAUAAUGGUUAUGGAUUAAUUGAAGACUCUGCUCAGAAUUGCUUUGUUCUCAUUCCAAAAGCUCCCAAAAAAGAUGCUAUGAAGAUGCUGUUGAAUGAUAACAAGGUGCUUCGUUAUUUGGCUGCACUGGAAUCCCCCAACCCAGAAGACAAAGAUCGUCGUUUUGUCUUCUCUUACUUUCUAGGCACUGACAUGAUCAGCAUCUUUGAACCUCCUGUUCGAAAUUCUGGUAUCCUUGGGGGCAAAUAUCUGGGUAGAACUAAAGUUGCUAAACCAUUCUCUUCAGCGGAAAAUCCUAUCUACUAUAGUCCCAGUGACUUCUUCAUUGGUGCUGUGAUUGAAGUGUUUGGUCACAGGUUCGUUAUUCUUGAUACAGAUGAGUAUGUCCUGAAAUAUAUGGAGAGCAAUGCUUCCCAGUACUCAAACGAAGCACUCACAUCAGUUCAGAACCAUUUUCGAAAGCAGAAAGAUGGUGCAACAGAAUUGGAAAAGAAGCAAGCUGAAGAGGCUGCAUGUGUGCAGGAGCUGGAAGCAUUACUAGAGGCAGUCCAGAAGCAACUCAAAGGCCACCCGUGCCAUAAAGUGGAUCUUCUGGACAGGCUUCAGAUGUCUGACCAGGAUGCAUCAGGAUUUGUGGACAGAGAGACCUUCUUCAAAAUCUGUGACUCACUCAGCAUCCCCACAGAUGAUUCCUUAGUUAAGGAGUUGAUCCAGAUGUGUUCUUCUGGGGAUGACAAGAUUGCCUACUUCAACUUCCUGCGUGCUUUCUCAGACUGACCGGGCAGAUGCGGUCUUUGAGGUUGGACCUACCCUUUGAAAUCUUGUACCCUGUACUCUUAGAGAGGCUCCUGGAAUCAUUUCUUUUUCCUAUUUUUAGAGGUACAUACCUACUAUACCUGCCUGUUAAAGUCUAAAUUAAAUUGGAUCUUGUAGGA